UAUAAAGAUUGUCGUCCCCAAAGGUGUGAGCGGGAUGAAACGAUAACGGGGUUCACCUUACGGCCUGUUUCCAGGUCUGUUAAUGUGACAUAAUUUAAAGUUAUGUGUGUUUAGUUUAAUUUUGUAUGCAAGUAAUUAAAUUGUAUUAUUUGCAAUAUUACAUUAUUUUUUAUUAUUUAAACGUUAUGCAACCGUUUUAGUCUCCUUUUGCUCAUUUAAAUCAGCAUUACUGUUUACUGAAGCACACUCCUAAAUUAAAUACUUACCUGCGGUAAUGCCGCGUUCCAUUUGUCCUCGGAAGUGGGGAUUUCCCAGUUCCCAGUUGGAUUUUUCAACUGGAACGCCCCUCGAAGUGGGAUUUCCCACUGGGAAAGUGGGAGAGUCUUCACCACCCCCGAGUUACCAUUCCAAGAUGGCUGCCCCGGUUGUAAACAGUAGAAGAGAGCUCUGUAAAAAUUCGUAGCACUUCAUUCUAGUUUUGGUCACACUAAAUCAGUCGUAUACAAGUAUUGUUCGGCAUAUAUAUGCUGCUAUAGUGUAAUUUACAUUUUUCAUGUGGUAUAUGCGAACUACAAACUUGUUUACCUACUUUGUAACUGGAACGCUGAUAACUCGGCUGUGACGUCAUACCCAGUUCCCAGUUCCGACUUCCGAGCUUAAUUGCUACUUCCAUCCACUAAAUACAUACACACACAAAUACAUUUAAACCAACAGCACUUUUAAGAGCCAUUCUCUCUCUCCUGCGGUAUCUUUUUUUACUAACUCUCUCUUAAUCUCGUCUCUUCUAUCACAGUUUCUCGUUGUUUGUCUCAUGGCUGGAGGGUCUUUAAAAAAGACCUGCCCAAAAUGCGGGGAAAAAAUAUUCUGUGCACUUAGAUAUUGCAAUCAUUGCCGAUUCCGUCAACCCCAAAAACAGCGACUUCAAAAGAAACUGAAUAAGUUCCACAGUCAACAAAAAGAGUGGGUGAACUCCAUGAAGAAGAACAACAUUAAAUCCCACGUCGUGGAUGAUGCCGCCAUUCUGCUUGAGAAGUUGCAUGUACUUGGUCUGAAGCCAAUGUUGCUGAUUGGGCACCCCAAGAACAAGAGAGACAAGACCUGCAAGACCACGGUUAUGCUUCCAGUGCACGCCCACCUCGGCCCGGCCGCCAAAAAAUGUGCAGACGAUAUUGAUGGCAUCUAUAAAAAGAUGGUUGAAGGUUGGAUGAGCCAAGGUUCAGACCAAGUUGAGGACACACUGCCACCACCUCAAGAAGAGGACAAAACCCCGACACAGCGAAAUGACUCACCACCCCAAGAAGAGGACCAAACCCCACCACAAGCAAAUAAUCUACUAAAGCCUAAAGAAGAGGAAAUCUUUAUCAAGCUGGAGAGAGAAGACUCUCCACCACCACCAAACCGGGCCUCAGCCAUCCUGGAAUCACCACAAAAUGGCCCAAAUAUGCAGCAGCAGCAGGGUCGACAUAAAAGAUUAAAAAAAAUUAAAGAAUGCCCUCAUAACCAGUUGGAAACGUUCCCAGUGCAAGGCAUUCUAGAGACAAGGAAGAGAGAGGGAAAGACGGAACACUUGUAUGACUGGCAACCCUGCAGCACAUGUGGAACGACCUGGCCUCCAUCCUGGGAGCCAGCCUGAUUGUCCAAGGAGGCACCUUGGCUGAAAAUUCAACCAUCAAUCAUUAAAGUCUGCUGUUGCUGUGUUUAAUGUGUUUAAUAAAGUUCAACAUGACAACUUUCAA